AUGGAAACCGUCAAGAACACAGUCAGCCACCUCCUGGGCGGCAACAAGGAAAGCUCAACGGAGGAGAACAGCCACCAUCACCUUCCCGGCCAUCACAAGCAGCCCGACGACCAAACCGCAAGCACAUCUACCCCUAGCAGCCACGAGACCGGCCACGGGAAUGGCCACGGGCAUGCCUCUCCCGCCGAUGUCCCCUCCAAGCCCGCCUCGGCCGGCAACAGCGGCAACAACGACCAACAAGCCCAACCCCCCGCCGACGGCGGUGAUCGAAUCCAAUCCCCUGAUCAAGGACCCGACCCGGCCUUAGUCGGCGAGGCCAACCCGACCGAAAAACUCAGCGGCACUGGCGCACCGGGCAGCCAUAGUGCCCUGUUUGGCCUGACGCCCGAUGGGAAGAAAAAUGCCGAAGCGUCAAAGGGGAGCGGCGCCCCGCAGGCCGCUCACAGCGAGAAGACCGCCGUCGGUGGCGGCAAACCCGCCGAAGGAGGUGAUACCAGCUCCCGCGCACCCACGGGCAACGCGCAGGUCAGCGAGCAGUUGCAGACGUCUGAAGCGGCUCCCGGGCAGAAGGGCGGCCAGAGAACGGACCCUGUGCCGUUGCCUGCCGAGGGUGGUACCAAGCCGGGCGCUGGUGCUACCGGGUUGCAGCAGGGUGGCGGUGAUGUUUGA